AUGCCGGACUCGAAAGACGUUACUCUUUGCAUCUUGGGCUGCGCGCUGUUUGAUGCCUCAAACAGCGAGAAUUACACGCUCCCCAUCACCAAGUUUAUUGCUUGUGUUCGAAGUGAGCAAUCGGAGAGUGCUCUGAAGGGCAAAUUUCCCGAUGCGGGAGAUAAACUCAAGGUCACGAGGGGUGACAACAUCGCCGCCUUGAAAGCAUCUCAAGUCGUCGUUCUUGGUGUAGACCCCGGCGACGUGGAGUCUGUUCUUUCGCAGCCGGGCACAGCGGAUGCACUGAAGGACAAGCUCCUAAUCAGUGUUGCUGCUGGGUGGACGAGAGGGAAGCUGGAGUCGACUCUGUACGGAAGCGAGACAACGGCCGAUAACACCGAGGGUCGAGCCUGGGUUGUGCGAACCCUUCCCAACAUUGCCGCCAUGGUCUCUCAGUCUCUCACCGCAAUCGAGAUCUCGGACCCUCCGGUCCCAGCCCCCUACAUGGAGCUCACGGAGGCCAUUUUCGAAAAGAUUGGAAAGGCGGUGAAGAUUGCUCCUAAGUUGAUGAACGCUACGACGGCUGUUGGAGGGUCAACACCCGCUUUCUGGGGCGUCAUUUGUGACGCGAUGAUUGAUGCUGCGGUUGCGGUGGGCGUGCCUAGAAACCUGGCUUCUACCAUGAUCUUUCAAUCCAUGCUUGGAAGCGCAACUUUGAUGCAGAAUGGCCUUCAUCCGUCUUUGCUUAGAGACCAGGGCACUUCACCUGAAGGAUGUACGAUUGGAGGUCUGAUGGUAUUGGAGGAGGGGGCAGUUAGAGGUCACAUUGGCAAGGCGCUCAGAGAGGCUGUCACCAUAGCUCGAUUGAUGGAGACUACGCCUCACCUCAACGACACAAGGCGUUCAUAG